UAGAUCUGGUUUUUUUUUUCGGUGACCUGCAUCUGCACUUGGAAGUUCGACGUCGUCCUUGCGGAUGUGAUUGUCCUCACACUUCCGACGUCUUCUCUGCAGCUCCAACCAUCCCAAUAGCUCCAACCUUCCCCGCAGCUCCGACCUUUCCCUGCACCUAAGACUCAUAGCCGCGCCUCUGACCGAUAUCGUCCCCGCGCCUCAAGCGAGAGAGAAGUUGCGUCGUGUUUUUCAAAUAAAAGCACAGAUCUGGUUCAAGAGAGAGGAAAAAAAAAGCAGCAAUGACAUUUUGUAAAUGUUUUGAUAUUAAGGGUAACGGUUUAAGAGAUUUAAUUGGAUGAUUUUUUUUUCUAAUUUUACAAUCUUAGCUUGAUUUUGUUUUAGUUUCAUAGGUUAAAUGUGAUUUGUUUUUUUAUAAGAAGCCCAAAACAAAAAAGGAAAAGAAGAGAGCAGAAAUGGAGGGAGGGAAGACGAAGCCGAAAACCCAGUCCUUGACUCUCGACCAGUUCGUCUCCCUCACCGCCCCUCUCAUCGACUUGGAAAAGGAAGCCGAGAUAUCCGCCUCCAUCACCAGCGGCGCCUCCAGGAACCUCGACACCGCUCAGAGGAGAGGCUCCGCCAUUCUCAACUUGAAGUGCGUCGAUGCUCAGACCGGACUCAUGGGCAAGACUCUCCUCGAGUUCCACUCCACCAAAACUGAAAACAACAACAGCGCUCUUCCUCUUCCUCCUCACAAGUUUGGUACUCAUGAUGUGGUCGUGCUAAGACCCAAUAAGGCUGAUUUGGGCGCACCUGCUCUCGGACAAGGCGUGGUGUACCGCCUGAAGGACUCGUCGAUAACUGUUGCUUUUGAUGACGUUCCCGAAGACGGAUUGAAUAGUCCCCUACGGCUAGAGAAACUCACAAAUGAAGUUACAUAUCGUAGGAUGAAGGACGCUUUGAUACAAUUGAGUAAAGGUGUGCAAAAGGGUCCUGCUUCUGAUUUGAUUCCCGUCUUGUUUGGAGAAAGGGCACCGACAGUGGCUAAGAAGGAAGUCACAUUCUCCCCAUUUAACAAAAACCUUGAUCACUCUCAGAAAGAUGCCAUUUCAAAGGCUCUGUCGUCCAAGAAUGUAUUUUUGUUGCAUGGGCCUCCUGGAACAGGAAAAACUACAACUGUAGUUGAAAUUAUUUUGCAAGAAGUCAAACGUGGAUCAAAGAUCCUUGCAUGUGCUGCUUCCAAUAUUGCUGUGGACAACAUUGUUGAGCGACUGGCACGCCAAAGAGUGAAGUUAGUGAGAUUGGGACAUCCUGCACGUUUACUACCUCAAGUACUGGAUAGUGCAUUGGAUGCGCAGGUAUUGAGAGGAGAUAACAGUUUUCUGGCAAAUGACAUUCGAAAGGAAAUGAAGGCAUUGAAUGGAAAGCUAUUAAGAACCAAAGACAAAAACACUAGGAGGGAAAUCCAGAAAGAGCUAAGGAUUCUUUCCAAGGAAGAGCGUAAAAGGCAGCAACUUGCUGUGACAGAUGUGAUAAAAAAUGCAGAUGUUGUGUUGGCAACUUUGACUGGGGCAUCGUCUCGCAAGCUGGACCACACAUCAUUCGAUUUGGUGAUUAUUGAUGAAGCUGCUCAGGCACUUGAGAUAGCAUGUUGGAUAGCACUACUAAAGGGUUCAAGAUGUAUACUUGCAGGCGACCAUCUUCAGCUGCCUCCAACCAUCCAGAGUGCUGAAGCUGAGAAGAAAGGUUUAGGAAGAACCCUUUUUGAACGUCUUGCGGACAUUUACGGAAAUGAAGUCGUAUCUAUGCUGACUGUUCAGUACCGCAUGCAUGAGCGUAUCAUGAAUUGGUCGUCAAAGGAGCUUUACAAUAGUAAGGUUAAAGCACAUCCGAGUGUUGCUGGACAUAUGCUUUUGGACCUUGAGGAUGUAAAGAAGACAUCUUCAACAGAAUCAACACUUCUUCUGAUUGAUAUAGCUGGGUGUGACAUGGAAGAAAAGAAGGAUGAAGAAGAGAGCACUAUGAAUGAGGGUGAAGCUGAUGUUGCUAUUGCCCAUGCAAAGAGACUCAUUCAAAGUGGUGUCCAGGCUUCUGAUAUUGGAAUUAUCACCCCUUAUGCUGCACAGGUUUUCAUACUAAAGAAAUUGAAAAGCAAUGAAGAAAAGCUUAAGGAUUUGGAAAUCUCAACAGUCGAUGGCUUCCAGGGCCGGGAAAAGGAAGCCAUCAUUAUUUCAAUGGUUCGAUCAAACUCACAUAGAGAGGUUGGGUUUCUGAGCGAUCACAGGCGAAUGAAUGUGGCUGUGACACGAGCUAGAAGACAAUGUUGUCUUGUUUGUGACACUGAGACUGUGAGUAAUGAUGCAUUCUUGAAGCGAUUGAUAGAGUACUUUGAGGAGCACGGUGAGUAUCUAAGUGCCUCAGAAUACACCAAUGAAUGAGCAGAACUGCCAAAGUACCCUUGUCAUCUACCGAUUUGCUGUGUUUGGUGGCGUAGCUCUGGGAUAUAGUGCCCCUGGGAUCUCCCAUUGCCUUGCGCGGAAGAAAAUUUAUAAUCUAAUUAGAACCGGACUUAGAACAGUUUAUAUUCUUGGAAGAUAUUUGUACCUAUUGGAAAAAUGUUUUGGUCUGGUUAUACCUAUUUGAAACUGGUUUUCUUCAGCUUUCUUCUCA